GCCCUUUUCUGUGAACCCUGACAUUGGAGCCCUUGGAGUCAACGAGAGUAUGCAAGUGACAGUAGAGUUCAAGCCCCUGACUGUUGGCGACCACAAGGAGUCGAUGCGUCUGAAAUAUGACACAGGGGAGGAGAUUUUUAUUGGUCUCUACGGAGCUGCACAUGAAGCAAACAUUCGCUUGGACAAAAACUCCAUUCGUAUUGAGAACACUUACAUCUCCAUGGCCAGCCAGCGCACUGUUGUCAUCAUGAACCACAGUGACAUCAUCGCCCAUUUUAGGUGGUCCAAAUUUGCCACUCAGGAUGAUGAAGAUCAGCGGAGAUUAUUGCAGCAGAUAGAACUGGACAGAGAAGAAAACAGUGAUACCGACACAUUUUUGGAGGAAUGUGUGACAGAUCCAAUGCUCAGGGACAAACUGUCCAUUCUGUCCAGAACAUUCCAGAACAGAAAGAGA